CCGUGGGACAAACUAAGUGCAGAGUGAUGCGUUCACCACCACGCCCCCUGAGCCCACUUCAACGCUCUCGUGCACUGCUCACACACCACAUUGUUCGUAAGGCUGUCAGCCCAUGCAGCAACAGAUUGAGAUUUUUGUGAACAUGAAUCUAAGCCCUUCUGACGAGAGCGGACACAACUCCACUGAAGGUUGCCUCGAGGAUGACAAACACAAUGUCACACUGCCCUGCUUACGCAGAAACAUCUACGAUGAACCGCUUGCUUCCUACUCCAACGGAUCCAUCAUAUCCCAACUUCUCCGUAAAACCAUCCACAGCAAAAGGGUACUAGAUGAAAGCCAUUUCUACCUUUCAAACUCUACUGCUACUGACUCCGGACAGGAGGACCGCAGUAGUGUGUCUUCAAAGGAUAGCACAGCAGAAGGAUCCUCCCUAAAUGGCCACAUUUCUACCAGGUGCAGCCCAGAUGGAGAACAUCCUAUGUCAGACCACCUGCAAGCAAAGAGAGCCAGGGUGGAGAACAUAAUCAGGGUGAUGGCUGGGUCUCCAAGCAACAGGCCGCAUGGGGACAAUGAGAGACUCGAAAAUGAUGGCCGAGACACCAGAGAGUGCAGAGAGGCAUACCGGGAGAACAAACGUAAACAAAGGCUCCCUCAGCAUCAGGAACACAGCAUUGGAGGGCCGGCAAGUAGAAAACCUAAAAGUGACUACCAUGAUACAAACAACAAAGAUGAGGAGUGCCACAAACUAAAAGAGCAACUCCACAGCAUGCAAAGGCUUCUACGUCAACUCCAGGAAAAAUUCCUUCAAGUGUAUAACCGGGAGGAUGCUGAUCAUGAUAACAGGGAAAGGGCAGCUGUAGCAAUCGAGUGCGACAGCCGAGUGAUUACAGAGUGUGAUGACAGAAUCAAAGUAGUUGGUCACUUUGCACACCAUAGGGAGAAUCAGAACCUUCGGGAAAUCUUGAAGCAAGAGCUCUCUAAAGCUGUGAAUGAGUGCGUGGACAGGGUGUUUACAAAGGUGUCCUCAUCAGGGCUGGAUCUGUCCGCUCAACAGCGAAUGUGCCCGUCGCCAGAUAUGCAGAUCAGCUCAGGUACUGGCAGAAAGAACCAAUCAGACAGCUCCACACAUGAGCACCUACAAACCGAAGAAGGUGCAGUCAAGCCCCACUCUUUGGAGUAUUACGAAAACUCUGAAAUGCACCAAGACCAGACCGAGGCCCUGUCACUGGUUAUUCGCAAACCUGUUGCGUCGCCUCUGAGCUCAGUCACCCCAACAGUGAAGAGGCCCUAUCCUGUGCACCAGACGCCAUUCCAGUUCAACUACAGCACACCUCUGCAUGAUAGUCAGAUUCUGGAGCACCUUCUCAAGUAUGGGCCGCAUUCUAACUACGCAGGUCUCCACUGCAUGCCCCAUUCAAUGGACAGAUCCUCUCCAGACCCUGUGGACCUACCGUGGGACACCAUCGCAUUGAGAGGCAAGGUAACACCAGGCCACCUGAGCCACCACGCUUGUCCCUCUGGCCUGGGCGCAGUGACCGUUGACAAUCUAUGCCUUCCUCAUGUGAAACUUGAGUGUGGCGAUCUGCAGAGUAUGGCUGACCGACACUCCUACAUGUCUCUCAACAUCCAGGAGGGCCUCACCCCGAGUCACCUGAAGAAGGCCAAAUUGAUGUUCUUCUACACCCGCUACCCCAGCUCCAAUGUCCUGAAGACAUUCUUCCCUGAUGUCAAGUUCAACCGCUGCAUCACAUCUCAGCUGAUCAAGUGGUUCAGUAACUUCAGGGAGUUCUACUACAUCCAGAUGGAGAAGUUUGCCCGCCAAGCCAUUGUAGACGGCAUCACCGAGGCCAAAGACAUCACAGUCAGCCGAGACUCCGAGCUGUUCCGUGCGCUCAACAUGCACUACAAUAAGGCCAACGACUUUCAUGUUCCGGACAAAUUCCUGGAGGUCGCUGAGAUUACUUUGCAUGAAUUUUACAAAGCCAUUUCUGCGGCCAAAGAUUCCGACCCCUCAUGGAAAAAGGCCAUCUAUAAGGUGAUUUGUAAACUGGACUGUGACGUUCCAGAUGAGUUCAAGACGUCUUCCUAUUUGUAGAACAAGGUGGACAAAAAAGGGGUUAGGAAUUUGGUGACAUUGGAAGUUAGCCACUGGAGUAUUAUCAUUUCUUGUGGUGCUUUUUAGUGAAGUGAAAUGUAGCUGUUGUUGGAUGACUACAGUAGGUAGCUUGUUAAUAUUCUUGUUGAGGAUUAUUAUUUGGUUGUGUAGUUUUUACUUGUACUUGUAUAAUAAGUACAGCCUCGGUACUAUUAGAAAAUUCAUGUGUGCCAAAUGUUUACAGAGAUGUAAUUCUACUUUUUUAGUAUUAUCAACCAAGGAUGGGCAUUGGAGUACAUGAGGAAAAUUAACAAUCCACUGACAUCUAGUCUCAAUGAUUCAUGUUCUGUUUUUUUAUUCAAAUAAUACAAUAAAUAACUUGAUUGACAUCAAAUUAUUUUUUUAGCGCCACUGAAAAGAAAAGCAAAAGUUCACAAUAAAAAGGUUAGCAUAGCACAGCAGGCAUAUUGUACGUCAAGGGUUUCAAACUCGUGGCCCAUAUUUUGUGGCCCUCCUACUUAACGUCAUAGUUUAAUGUAAUUGCGGCCCACACGUCCUGUGUGGCUAAUUGUUAAAUAUACUAUAACAACAAACAAACAUCAGGCAAUACAAGGAGCAACUUCCUGCAAGCAAGCAGUAUGUUUCUGACCAUCUCCUCUGAAACUUAACUGUUUUAAAAUAUACAGUAUCAUUUAUACAUUUAUAAUGACUUAAGGUCUACUAUAGAUCAGGGUCACUACUUUAACUGCUGGUAGUUAACACAUUUAGUCACACGGUUAAA